AUGCUUCAACUGUAUCUCUCUGAAGAUCCAUUUGCAUGGGCCCGUCCCUUUCCCCAAGAACCUUCCAACCAUUUCUUGGCUCAUUGGCAUGAGAUUGUAGCAUCUGCUGCUUUCUAUUUUGCCAUACAAGCCGCAUCGCCUGUAGUAUCGAAAAGAUGGUUUGGUCGCUCCUACACCAACCUCGAUGUCAAGACAAGAUUGAACUUCGACGUCCACGUGGUCUCUAUGGUCCAAUGCAUUAUAUCCAUUUUCAUUCUUUUGCCGCUGUGGAAUCACCCACAUUUCCAAAACAGACUCCAGGACCCAUACUCAUCAGUGUUUGGAUAUAACGGAUACUCGGGGUUUGUGAGCGCUGUCUCCAUUGGAUAUUUUUUGUGGGACCUUUAUGUUUGUUUGCGCCAUUUCAAAUUGUUUGGUUUUGGCUUUCUACUUCAUGCCUUUGCUGCAUUGUACGUUUUCGUUUGUUCCCUUAGACCAUAUUGCUUGCCGUGGGUUCCGGCGUUUUUAAUUUUCGAGUUGAGCACACCUUUUGUCAACAUCAAUUGGUUCGGCUCAAGACUCCCCAAGGGCACAAUUAGCGACCGUGUCAUUCUAAUCAACGGACUUCUCUUACUUGUGACUUUUUUCCUGGUAAGAAUUGUAUGGGGGCUUUAUGCGGUGGCCUUGCUUGCCCAAGAUUUGGCCCAGGUUUGGCACCAUGACCGCUUGAUUUUCGCUGUGGUGACAUUCGUCUUGAACGGCUCCCUCGAUAUUUUGAACAUUUUGUGGUUUUCAAAGAUGUUAGCGAUUGCAAAAAAGAAGCUUAGAGGAAAUGCACCGGUGGAAGUGAUAGCCGAGGCUUCUAUACCACCUGAGUCUGUUAUGGAAGUGGCUGAAGCUGCUGAAGCAUAUUAG